CGCGCAGGGUAGGGGAAGUACAUGUACAAUCAUGUGUAUUGGAAUUACUACUGUAUUUAAUGGUGGUUUAGCGUGUGCGCUAAGCCCUGUUAACGAACGUGGAACAUCUACCACUCAUACUUAGUCUGAUGAUCAUGCAUCUGAUUAUGAUGUCAUUGCUAUACAUGCGCAUGCGCAGCGCGCGCCACUCUCCCACGCAUGCAUUCCAAAUCUUGCUUUAGAGAGAGAGAAGGAGAAAAGAGAGACUCCUUUGUCACUUUUGCUUUCUGACGACUUGACUGUUCACUGGUUUGUCCGUCAGUGUCAAUUUCCUACAUUUUUCAACGGACAUGCCAAGAACACGGAGCACCUCACGGGGUGCAAGCGCUGCUGGCACUGACGCUGACGGUCCCCCAGCUCUAUACCCGUAUCCGCAGCGGGCUGUGAAUUCUGCGAAUUCUCAAGUCCAUCGGAGAGCGAGGUCCCGUGUGAUCCAUGCUCAUGGGCACAUUUCAGCCAAUGCGGACCAGGUGACUUCUCCUGCGCCGUCACAACCAGCUCCUCUCACCCUGAGCGACCUGACUGGUGUUAUCCAGCCCCUCCUGGAGCGCGUGGAGCGCUUGGAAUCCAACGUCGUCGCCCCUACCACCUCGCCCAUUGCCGCACCAGCACCAGCACCAGCAUCAGCUCCUCUCCCGCUGGGGCAGCCUUCCCCGAUGCACUUGGCUUGCGCAGCCGGCUCUCCAGGACUCCCCGUCAUCCCUCCACGGCUACGGGAACGUAUCACACGAGGUGAGUUUGUCGAAUUUGGGGACUUGUUGCCUGAAGCCAUGUCCGUUGAGCUGGUGCAGAGCUCGUCCACUCCCCAGCCCUCCAAGCGCCGAGUCCAUGACUUGGCGACGUGGUUAGAGGCCUUCACCUUGUUCACCAGAGUCCUGGUCGAUGCGUCGCCGGACCAAGCUCCAGAUUUGCUGGCGUACCAAGCCAACAUCAUCGAGGCCAACAACAAUUAUCUGACCGACGCGUGGCUGACCUAUGACCGUCGUUUCCGUGCUGGUCUUGCUGCCAUGCCGCACCUGUAUUCCUGGCGGCAACUGGACCCUAACCUCUGGCAGUCCUGCUUCACGAGCCGCGGGCGCCCUAUCUGCUCGCGUUGUUCUCUCGUGCACCCAUCUCCAGCCCCGCAUUGCCCCUUUCGUGGAGGGCUCCCUCUUGCGCAGCACGCAGGCGGGAGCCAGUCAGCCACCAGCCCAGCUCCUCGUCACGAUGGCCGCCAGAUCUGCCGGAAUUACAACAACGGCGCCUGCACAUACCCGUCCUGCAUACGGGCCCAUGUCUGUCUGUCAUGCCGCGGCAAACACCCAAAGAAGACUUGCACCCGAGCGGCCUCUCAGUCUUCCCAGUGACGUCGUCACUCCAGUCAACGUGCCUCGGCUAACUGCACUGCUAGCUGCUCACCCUGAUGCCAUGUUUCGUGAUUAUGUAUGUGCUGGCAUGUUUAACGGCUUCUCGAUUGGUCACACCACUCCUCUGGUAUCAUGCAUUCAAUCUGUCAAUCAUCCGUCUAGUCUCUGCAAUAAACAAUUUGUCACCCUGUACCUACAGUCUUGUUGCGAUGCUGGGGAAACAGCUGGUCCGUUUGCUGAGCCGCCAUAUCAGCUGUUUCAAACCUCGGGUUUGGGCCUGAUCCCAAAAUCCAAUGGCAAAUUUCGCCUCAUCCAUGACCUAUCCUCCCCCACUGGCCGCAGUGUCAAUGAUGGUAUUUCCCGGGAGUCAUUCAGCUUGGAGUAUGACACUGUCGAUUCGGCUAUCUCCUAUAUCAUGAAGUUCGGCCGUGGUUGCUACCUGACCAAAGUGGACAUUCGAAACGCCUUCCGAUUAUGCCCUGUUGCCCCCUCUGACUGGCACUUGUUGGGUAUCUCUUGGGAUGGUCGUUACUAUUUCGAAAAAGUCCUCCCGUUCGGCCUUCGGUCAGCUCCGUACAUAUUUGACAAGUUUGCAUCUGCCCUUCAUUGGGUUCUGGAGGACACAUGCCGCCUUCCCCAUCUCAUUCAUUAUCUGGAUGACUUCCUGAAUGUAUCGCCUCCCAGUCUUCCUCUUGCCCAGCACCAGAAGUCACUACUGCUCGACCUGUUUGCAUAUUUACAGGUCCCAGUUGCACCUGAGAAGGUUGACGGCCCCUCUACGGUUCUCACCUUCCUGGGCUUAGAGCUGGACACAAUGGCUCUGGAGAUCCGCCUUCCACCCUCAAAGCUGACUAAGCUAUCUACCACCGUGUCGGCCCUCGUCCAAUCCGGCCGGGUUCAGAAACGCGACCUCGCCUCCGUAUUGGGCAAACUCUCGUUCGCGUCCAGAGCUGUACCAGCUGGUCGCACAUUCCUGAGACGCCUGUACGACCUGGACAGAGCAACUCGAUCAACACCAUUGCACCAAUGGCUACGCAUUUCGGCAUCGGCAAUGGCAGACCUGUUGUGGUGGGCAGAGGCCCUGACCAUAUGGAAUGGGAAGUCAUUCUUCCUGGUGGAUGAGUGGACGCCAGCCCCCGACAUGCAACUACAGACUGAUGCCAGCGGCACUCACGGUUAUGGUGCCUUCUACAACGGCCGGUGGCUGAGAGGAGAGUGGACAGCCCAGAACGAGAACGAGAACAUUGAGUUCAAAGAAAUGUAUGCUAUCAUAGUUGCCUGCGCGACCUGGGGUUCGGAGUGGAGCAGGCGACGCAUUCAGUUUCAGUGUGACAACAAGGCCGUGGUGGACUGUAUACGCUCCGGUACCUGCCGUUCACCGCCAGUCAUGACACUUAUCCGGGCAUUGUAUCUGCUGUGUAUUGAACAUGACUUCUUGGUGUCAGCUGUCCACAUUCCUGGUGUCACUAACACUGUCGCCGAUGCAUUGUCUCGCAAUUUGCUGCAGGUAUUCAGGCACCAGGCCCCGGAAGCAGCAGCCGAUCCAGAUCAGCCAGUCUUGCCAACUCUCCGUUGACAGACUCUGUGCUACAGCUAGCAGCACUGGCAAUAGCACCAUCCUCCCGCCGGACGUAUUCUACCGCCGAGACCCGCUACUUCCAGUUCUGCCAAGUGCAUGCCUGCAACCCAUUGCCGGGCGACGACUUUACUUUGUGCUAUUUUGCUGCCGAGUUGUUCAGGACUCUUCAGCCUCGAUCUGUCCGUGUCUACAUGUCGGCAAUCCGCAACCUUCAUGUGGAACUUGGCUUUGCUUACCCGUCGGGCCCAACAACUCUCCUCGCUAGGGUCCUGCGGGGCAUCGACAGGUCGUCAUCGACACAGCGUCAUCGUCUGCCGAUAACCACUCCACUUCUCAGGGAGAUCUGCCGGCAUGUUGCCGUUCCACGCAUGCGGCACCCUCACGACAAGGCCAUGCUAAGGGCAGCUUUUUCCUUGGCGUUUCAUGGGUUCUUCCGUUGUGGAGAACUGACUGCUGGCCUGAGGCGAUGUGAUGUGACGAUCAGUACUGACCAGCGGUCGUUAUCGGUAAACGUGCGCUCAUCUAAGACGGACCCCGACAGCACGGGCCACACAGUAUUGGUUGGAGCCAGCACGGACGCACUGAUCUGCCCAGUGCAGGCCAUGGCAAACUACCUGGCGUUUCGCCCCGGCGGCGACCAUCUGUUCACUUAUGCUAAUGGCCAGCCGCUUACAAGAAAUGCAGUGUCCUCUGAACUGCGCAACCUGCUGCCACUCUGUGGGGUCACGGACCCGAGUGCAUAUGCCAGUCACUCUUUCCGGAUUGGCGCCGCAACAUCAGCGGCCAUGGCAGGUGUCCCCGAACACAUCAUCCGUAUCAUGGGUAGAUGGCGCAGUGAUGCGGUCCACCGCUACAUCCGGGCUGCGACAGCUGACACCCUGCGAGUGUCACGUCAAUUAGCUGCAGUUCAAAACCAUCAAUGGUAGCUGCGGGUUAGUGACCACAUCAUGCCUGAACUGCUUAGCUUUAGCUUUACAUUGCUGCUGUCAGUACAGCACAAUACACCAGUCGUAUUUCAUUAUUACUCUCAUGCCAUAUUGGGGAUAUUGGGAACGGGCAGUCUAUCUCCGCAGCUGGCUCAUUUCAAUCACUACCGGUCGCAGCUCCUGCCCACGGCAGGCCGACCGUCUCUCGUUCACACUCUGUGUGCUCCAGGUCACAGCUCCUGCGCAGAGCAGGCCGACCUGUCUGUCUCUCUCUCACACACACUAUGUGUGCACCGGGUCACAGCUCCUGCGCAGAGCAGGCCGACCUGUCUUUCUCAUGCACGCCAGCUGCUCCGCCCAAUAUCCCUGAUAUGCCAACCAGAAAACAAUGUGUUCUGAGCUGGGUGCAUGCCUGUAUGUGGAGAGUGCGUUAAUGGUGGUUUAGCGUGUGCGCUAAGCCCUGUUAACGAACGUGGAACAUCUACCACUCAUACUUAGUCUGAUGAUCAUGCAUCUGAUUAUGAUGUCAUUGCUAUACAUGCGCAUGCGCAGCGCGCGCCACUCUCCCACGCAUGCAUUCCAAAUCUUGCUUUAGAGAGAGAGAAGGAGAAAAGAGAGACUCCUUUGUCACUUUUGCUUUCUGACGACUUGACUGUUCACUGGUUUGUCCGUCAGUGUCAAUUUCCCCUUCCCUCCCAACCCCAUUCGACUGGGGAUCACUAUCUCUCCGUCACUGUCACCAUAAUUUCCUCAAUAACAGUGUCAGUACAACUCUUGUCAAUAUACUUAUAUCGGGUGAGGGCAGUCUAUCUCCGCAGCUGGCUCAUUUCAAUCACUACCGGUCGCAGCUCCUGCCCACGGCAGGCCGACCGUCUCUCGUUCACACUCUGUGUGCUCCAGGUCACAGCUCCUGCGCAGAGCAGGCCGACCUGUCUGUCUCUCUCUCACACACACUAUGUGUGCACCGGGUCACAGCUCCUGCGCAGAGCAGGCCGACCUGUCUUUCUCAUGCACGCCAGCUGCUCCGCCCAAUAUCCCUGA